GCUUUCUAGACUUGGUGCUGAGCAGGUGGUCUGCGCUGCACUACCUGCCAGGUCAAGUCGGGCCCGGAGCGCGCAGUGCUAGUGUUGGUGCCGCAGUGCAAAGUGUCGGUGCUCGCGCACAUACAACGCCUUCUUGCCUUCUGCCGCAGCUGCCACACUUGUCACGCAGCAGCAGAAGCAGCCGCAGGAGCGCAGCCGCCGCCCUGCUCCACCGCCAUCUUGAGCCUCUACACACCCCUCCACCACCUCCCUUGCUGCUGCUGCUACUGCUGCUGCUGCUGCUGCUGCAAUCGUCGCCAGUGUGGGCACCGUGCCUUGCAGCUCCGCCUCUUGUGGACGCCCAAAGUCGCUGCUCUGGUUGUGUAGUUGGUGGCCCAAUAUGGCCCUGCAGUAGGUGGGUGGUUGGCCAGUGUGUAUCCGUGGUCUCGCGCCCCCAGCACGGCUCACGCCCCCGUGUGUGUGCGCCGCCCGCGGCCGCCCGCGCCCCGGGAGCCUGGGGGACCAGCAUGAGAGCGCCUCCCCUGCUGCCCCUGUGACCUCACUCAUCAGUUACCACUGCCGCCACUCCCUUGGAUUUUUUAGUUUUGUAAUUUUUAGAAAUGAAUGAUUUGGAUAGUUUACGACAAGAAGCAGAAAGACUAAAGAACACAAUACGAGAUGCACGCAAAAAUGCACUUGACACGACACUGGUCCAGGCCACAGCUGGCAUGGACCCUAUUGGCCGAAUUCAGAUGCGAACCCGGAGAACGCUUAGGGGACACUUAGCCAAAAUAUACGCCAUGCACUGGGGAUCCGAUUCUAGGAAUUUGGUGUCGGCAUCUCAAGAUGGCAAGCUUAUAGUGUGGGACAGUUACACAACAAACAAGGUGCAUGCCAUCCCCCUUCGGUCCAGCUGGGUCAUGACCUGUGCCUAUGCUCCCUCAGGCAGUUACGUUGCCUGUGGUGGCCUUGAUAAUAUCUGUUCCAUAUACAGCCUAAAGACAAGAGAAGGCAAUGUGAGAGUGAGUAGGGAGUUGCCUGGUCACACUGGUUACCUAAGUUGCUGUCGGUUCGUAGAUGACAACCAAAUAGUCACAAGCUCUGGAGAUAUGACUUGUGCUCUUUGGGAUAUUGAAACUGGUCAGCAGUGCACACAAUUUACAGGACAUACUGGGGAUGUGAUGUCCCUAUCUUUGUCGCCAAACAUGAGGACCUUCACAUCGGGUGCCUGUGAUGCCUCGGCAAAGUUGUGGGAUAUCCGUGAUGGCAUGUGCCGCCAGACUUUCCCAGGACACGAAUCAGAUAUCAACGCAGUAACAUUCUUCCCUAAUGGGCAUGCAUUUGCUACGGGCUCAGACGAUGCCACCUGCCGCUUAUUCGACAUUCGUGCAGAUCAAGAACUGGCCAUGUACUCUCAUGAUAACAUAAUCUGUGGCAUCACAUCAGUGGCAUUCAGCAAGUCUGGCAGACUUCUGCUGGCUGGUUACGAUGAUUUUAACUGCAAUGUUUGGGACUCCAUGAGGACAGAAAGAGCUGGAGUUUUGGCGGGCCAUGACAAUCGCGUCAGUUGCCUGGGUGUUACAGAAGAUGGCAUGGCAGUGGCCACUGGCUCGUGGGACAGUUUCCUCAAGAUCUGGAACUAAGCUAGUCCCAUUACCACCACCACCACCACUCCAGUAUCAACAUCAGUAUCUUCUCAAGGAACCAAAUUCCCUCUCCAGGAUACACAGUCAAGAAGCUUGGUGUUUGCAUGCCUGCGUGUGUGUCUGUGCAGCCCACGCUUAUGGUAACACCACUCAUUGCUUCAUAGCCACCAUUGGUAUGGGUCACUCAAGUAGUUGUAUACCGAGUAAGCAUGCUUGGUGGACUCGAGUGGAUCUUUCUUUUUCAUUUUUUGAUAUGGAAAAAAUUAGAUGAGUCAGUGUAAAUGAGUUAGUGAGAGUGGUAAAUAUAUUGGAUAAAACAUUAGUGUUGACAAAUGACGAGGCCCAUGGGAUAGUGGACACAAGUGCAUCUGGCACAACACUUAGACAAGUCUGAUCAACAGGAAAAGAAAUAGGGUAAUUUCUUCAGUGCUUGAUGUCCUCCAACCUUUGGGCCCUAAUGGCUGUGACCCAACGAUGGUGGCGACAGCACACACGCAGAAGCCAAGGUGGCGCUGGCUCACGUGCAGCCAGCUUGAAGAUGGUGAAGAUGAUCACAAGCAUCACACCAGUGGUGGGGGCUGCUGGACCCACCUGGGUUCAGCUCUCCCAUCAUUCUCUUCCUUUGAUGUCUAGUCAGCCUGAUGGAGUUGCUGCAUGACUUUGAUGCUGAGUGUUUCAGUGGAAGCGGCGGUGGCCGGCGCAUUAUCUCCACCCCUCCGAAAUGUGCGGGCGAGCAGGCACCGACAGACCUCCUAGCUGGAGCUUGGCAGGUCCCUGUGGUGGCGGUGGCAGGUUGCCAGGACACCACGCCUGGUACUGUCACUCCUCCCUCCCCCACCCCUCUGCUCCUGCCGCUGCUGCUGCUUGCCACGUGGAUGAGUGAAGACUGCACCUGUAUCGGCCACGCCUGAUGCUCAGGUCAGGGCUGAGGGGUAAGCCCAGGUGAACGCUAUGGUAAUGUGUUCAUAAUGCCUUAAGGCAACCUCUACACUCCCUCGUGUCAGUGUGGAGAAAAGUGAGGUGCUUGAGUAAGACAAAAUUUUGUCAUGUUCCCUGCUCCACUGCUGCUUCUUGCGCGCAUGUUCUGCUCUUGUCAGGCCAAGCACCCAUUGAUGGAUUCAUCUAACAGGGGAAUGCUAUUAUCCUUAUUGGGACCACGUGGUGAUAGUGUAAAAUUGGAAUCGUUCAGAGAAGCUGAAAUCUUUGAUACAGUUACCCUUCCUGCAUAUGAUUAUGAGCGUGCACUUAGAUUUUGGAUUUAAGUGCCAUUUUCAUGGUGACCUCAACUGCCAAUGUAGUUUUAAUUUGGGCAAUUCUUAGUUAGAUAACAAACAUUUGUACUCCCUCAAGCUAAUCCAAAUCUGAAAAUCAUAUUGCUUUAUUCAGUCUUCUUAAGAUGGUAAUCAGUGAAAUAUUUCCAUGAUAGCUUGUUGCAUUAGUGUAGCCCCAGAGCUAAAGUUAUCUCUUUCAUAAAAAGAAACCUUGCAUUGGACUCCUCAAGCUGGAGCACAUCACAUAACUAUCACUGUUGGUAUCUGUAUUGACUUUUGUUGGGUUAUAUUACUGCAUUUAUUUAUCUUGUAAUAAACAUCUGUGAUGCCAAAUGUGCUGAAGGGCAGUCAAAAGUCUAGUUGGAAUGAGUGUUGAUAAGAUUACUGAAAAGAAAUUCUGAAUGGCUUUAAUUGAGUUCAGUGACAAAUUGCUCAGAUUGCAUUAUAUGUAGAAAGUGAUACAAGUUCAUAGAUAAACUUCCUCUAAAAAAAAAGCACUGCUCUGCUAUGAAAUAUGGAAAAAAGAUUAGAAUACAAUGUAGUUCUAUUUUGUACCCCAUUGGAAUAACAUGUUAAAUGGUUUAAAGGUAGAGGGGAACUGCUCCUAGGUAUGUCCACCUACUUAAAGAGCGUAAAAUAUUUUCAAGUUACGCACAAGUAUUAGUAAGGAGAAAGCACAAAAGGGUAAUUUUCCUGGUUGAAUCUGUGACAUUGGUGGACACGAAGAACAAUCCUAGCUCAAUUCUACUGCUGUAAUUAUUUUUGGCCCAUACCUCCUGUGUGUCAGAACCCAAUCAGCUGCAGCUUUCUCUGUACCCCAUACAACCUUUUUCAUUUUACCCUCCUCCCAGUUUCCUUCUGUGGCUGCCCAAUUCCCCCAUAAAUGUCACAAGAAAGCCUAGCUUUGUUGUGCACAUGUUCAAUGAUUGCUGAACCAAACAAUUUGAACACAAUAUCAGCAUUUCAGGUUACCUUAAAGUUUCAUGAAUUAUUUAUCCCUUCAUUUUAUGUUGAUUAAUUGUGUAUGAUUAUUUUGCCAAGCGGUGAGUGUCUGGCCUCUGCCCUCUCGGCAUUCCCGAACAAGACCAGAUAAACGGGCGUUUCAGCCUGGAUCUGUCCCUGCUCUCUCCGCCACCCGGAAGCUCAUAGAACAGCCAAACAAUUUCUUAGUGAACAUCUUUAAGAAAUGCAAGGGCUCAGGGCUGUUCUAUGGCCCUCUGGCUGUAGGUGGGAGCCUGUCCGGGAUGGGUUUGUUUGGUCAUUCGACGACAGGGUGCCAGUUGGGGUUCACCAUGCACCCCUGGGGUACAUUCUUCUUCAGUUGCUGCUUCCCAUGCCCCUGUGUUUGUGUGCAUGGUGGUGGAGAGUACCCCACCAUCCACCCCUGAUUCCCAGCCCAGUUCCCUGGGAGCAUGACCUAGAACUCUUGCUGGCACCCAGCCCCGCGGUCAUGUCUCGAGGGACUUUUAAGUGAGGCCACACACUCACUUGGAUGUCCAAGUUUCUAAUAAAGAAUAAUGGUAGUAGUUUUUUCUCAGCCAAAAACAUGUGUAAAGAUAAAAUGGUAUAAAUAGUAGUCAGAUUUUAAAACCCUUUUCCGGGAGUGUGAAGUGUCAAUUGUAGCAUUAUAAUUCCAUAACUGUAAUGAUACUAAGCCAAAUGGAACCCUCUCUCCAGCGCCUUAGCCAGGAGAUUCCAGGUGGCGGGCGCGGUGGUGCUGGGCGGGGUGGGGCGGGCCAGUAGUAGAAGCAGCGUGGCAGGGGCCGGGCAGUCGCUCUCCACCACGACCAGCAGCGCCCAGCCCCUGCCUCAGUCCCCAUGUGGGCAACGCCCGCCGUGCCCCUCCCCAACUACCAACAACACUCAGACAAGUGUGCAGCAAAGUCACUCCUGCUACAAAAUUGUUAUUUUACAUGCAGACAAUGAAUUUAUGUAACUUAAGCAAGGUACGAUUUUUAUUUCAACAUGAGGUUUCUAAUACCCCAGUGAGUUGUAGAAGAGUCCACCGCAGAGGCGUUACUUUUACUCGAGGCGGGCCCGUAGGCGGGUCAGCGGUAGCCACCAGACUAAUGAGUGACAGUGAGAUGGGUAGCAGGAGGUGUUGGGAGUGUGAGGGUGUAAUGAUCAACCCCUCUCAUGUCCCUAUCCCGCCACUGCCAGGUGCACGAUGCAUGACCAACGCUGCGUCGCCGCCACCGUCUAUGGGACCCGCACACUGUUAUAUGAGGGAUUUUUCAAUUGAUUCCAACUCCGGUUGUAGCUUAUGAAGUCUCGUUUGUGAAUUUGUCAUGUAAGUAACUAUCUGACUUGUCCAAUAAAGCUAUUUGUCUUUA